AUGGAGAACCAAGUCGAACGACUCGUUGAAAAGGCGUGGAAGAAGUAUGAAGAGACGCCAAAGGAUAAACGCCUUUUGAUCGGCGUUGCUGGUAUCCCAGGUUCAGGCAAGACGACAUUCUCACAAAUCAUCACUGAGCGCAUCAACGCCCGCGCAAAAUCCAAUGAUCCCUCUUCUCCUCCACCAGCAACCUUUGUCCCAAUGGACGGCUUCCAUCUCACCCGCGCCGCCCUCUCAGCCAUGCCAGACCCCGAUACCGCCCAUUUCCGUCGCGGCGCAGCUUUCACCUUCGACGCAUCCAAAUUCCUCACCUUAGUCCAAGGCCUCUCCAAGUCACCCAUUCCAUCAGAGCCUAUUCUAGCGCCCUCUUUCGAUCAUGCGCUGAAGGAUCCUCGGGACGAUGACAUCGUUGUCAAGCCGGAGCACCGCGUUGUUGUGCUUGAAGGAAACUAUCUUGCGCUAGAUCAGGAUGUUUGGCGCGAUGCGGCUAAGUUGUUGGAUGAGGUUUGGUUUGUUGAGGUGGACUUUGAAGUCGCGAGGAAGCGAUUGAGGGAAAGACAUGUUAGAGCGGGUAUUGUUAAGGAUCUGGAGGAGGGUGAUAAAAGGGCAAUGGAGAAUGAUCUUGUCAACGGCAAAGAGAUCAUCGAUUUCAGACUCAAAGUAGACGAAGUCAUCCACAGUCGAGAAGAUGGAAGCUGGGUUCACGAGUAA